UUCACAUCGUGACAUGGACAAACAAUAUAGUUAAGAAUUAUACUUAUUUUGCUUAUUUACUCUUCCCUAUUAUUCGUUCAGCAUAGUGCCUAAUAAUUAUUUUUAAAUGUAUUUUUGUGAUUUAAGGGUGUGCCUAUAAUAUGUAUACUCAAAAUUUUAACUGUAUCUAACAACAUCUAAGUAUUAUUAACAUACAUAAGCAACUGACCGUGUUGAAAGAUGAAAGAGGAAGAACUUAGUUUUAUGGGGACUGACCCUGGAGCCGUAAAAUAUGGAAAUUUCAUCAAUUAUUAUUCCUUUCACAGUGCUAAACAAAGAAUCGAAAACCUCCAUCCAAAUAUGUUCCCCUCGCUAUCUCCAAAUGAACCACUACUAUGUUUAGAUAUCGGUUGUAACACAGGUGAACUUACACAGGAACUGUAUUUAUACCUAAAAACGAUUUAUACAAAUAAAAUACAUAUCCUAGCUAUUGAUAUUGACCACAAUUUAAUACAAAGAGCUCACGAGACUAACAUCAAUACCAAUAUAUCAUUUGCUGCUUUAAAUGUAAUGAAUGAAACAAAAUAUGAAAUUAUCAAGAAAUUUUUAACCCAUCAUAAAAGGAAAUUAUUUGAUAUAAUAUUUUGUUUCUCUGUUACAAUGUGGAUACACCUUAAUAAUGGAGAUGAGGGUUUAAAGAAAUUUCUAGGUAUUUUAAAAGAAUGUUCUAGGUCAGUUAUUAUUGAACCACAACCAUGGAGCUGCUAUAGAAAUGCACAAAGACGCAUAAAAAAAUCUGGUGGCAACUUUCCUUUAUAUGAAAAAUUAAAAAUAAGGUCAAAUGUUGAGUUGACAAUUGAACAAAUUUUGACAGAAAAAAGCUAUAAAAAAAUUUAUGAAUCUACAAAUUCAUCAUGGAAUAGAAAAAUCAAAAGUUUCCAGAUUGAUAGUUGACUUUGAACAAAGAAGAUACCUUUAUAUACAAUAUUUAUGUAUACCAUUUAAUCAAAUAUAAUAAACAUGUUGAAAUUAAUACAAAAUAAGGAUAUAUUAUAAAGAAAUAAGUUCUUAUAUUUAUUUGUACAUAGAUAUAUUUUAUAAACACUACUAAAGUAAUCUCGACAUACAAUGGGAUUGAUAAUGAGGCACCAUUUCUCGAGAAUUAUCACUUAAAAUUUUAAUUUGAUAUCACUGCUAAAUCUUUAUUCUGUGGUUCAAUAUGAAUUAAAUUUCUAAUAAAUUUAAGUCAAAUUAUUAUAAACCUAAUUUGUGAUAGUCAAAAAUGGUAAUUUAGCAAAACUUCUAAAUUAAAAUUAUAGAUUAAAGGAUAAGUUUAGAGAAAUGGUGCCUCAGAAUGUUUUACAAAAAUAUUAUUAAUGUCUUUAUACAAUUUGACUAUGUAGUGACUUCAUCAGUACUGGCUUCAAACUCUAAUUUAACAUCAUUGCCAAGUCCUUCUACAUCCAUUUCUGUUUCCUGGGCAUUCAGCAUAUUAAGUGUCACCUGCAAAUAAUCAAAAACCAAAUUCAAAAGUUAUAUAUUAUAUUUAAUUAAUGGGGACAGCAGCCCUUGCUAUAGAAUUUAAGAUUGGUUUAAAAUUAUAAAUCUAGUUAUAACUGAAA